CCGAGUGCCACCGACAGAAAGAGGGAGGAGAGGCUCUGUCACCUGCGCCUUUUUUAUUCCCCCGCGGUAGUGUCGGUUUCCCCUUGCCUUGCCUGGCGGUUGGCGCGUCGCAUCUACCCCUGCUACUAGUAGUACCACUUCUCGCGGCGAGAAAAUGCCGCAAUAUAUUUGCUUCCACCGAGGCGCAGAGCGGAGGAGAGUGACGAGCUGACGCACGCGGCGCGGCGGACCAGCUCAAUUUGCCUGCCGCUCCUCGUCUUCCGGUGGGGCGGAGGAGGGGGACGCCGGGCGGGCGGGCGCUCGCAUUCCGGAGCGGGGAGCGCGAGCUCGAUCGGGCGGGGAUAUGGCGGUGGGGGGAGCCGGGAGCUCCAGAUCCGUGGCGCCGUGCUGCUGCUGCGCCGUGCUGCUCGCGGCGGCGCUGCUCUUCUCCGCGCCGGCCACCACAGAGGCUUAUGAUGCGCUGGAUCCAAAUGGAAACAUCACGAUAAAAUGGGACGUUAUGUCGUGGACUCCUGAUGGCUAUGUUGCUGUGGUCACGAUGUUCAACUAUCAACAAUUCCGGCACAUCCAGGCACCUGGGUGGCAGCUGGGGUGGACAUGGGCAAAGAAGGAGGUCAUUUGGUCGAUGGUUGGAGCACAGACCACUGAGCAGGGCGAUUGCUCAAAGUUCAAGGGUGGCACGCCCCACUGCUGCAAGAAGGAUCCCACAGUUGUUGAUCUGCUUCCGGGCACCCCAUACAACAUGCAAAUCGCUAAUUGCUGCAAAGCUGGAGUUAUAAAUACAUUUAACCAGGACCCAUCAAAUGCUGCUUCUUCCUUCCAGAUCAGUGUAGGUCUUGCUGGGACUACCAACAAGACAGUUAAGUUGCCUAAGAACUUCACUCUUAAGGCCCCAGGUCCUGGGUACACGUGCGGGCGUGCUAUGAUUGUCAGGCCUACUAAGUUUUUCACCGGGGAUGGGCGCAGAGCAACCCAAGCUCUAAUGACAUGGAAUGUGACCUGCACAUACUCCCAAUUUCUUGCUCAGAAGACUCCUUCCUGCUGUGUAUCUCUCUCAUCAUUUUAUAAUGACACAAUUGUGAACUGCCCAACAUGCUCUUGUGGCUGCCAAAACAAUGGGACAAGUCCUGGAAGCUGUGUAAAUGAGAAUUCACCUUAUUUACAAUCUGCCAUUGAUGGCCCUGGCAAAUGGACCGGUCAGCCUCUUGUCCAAUGUACUUCUCACAUGUGCCCGAUCAGAAUCCACUGGCAUGUGAAACUCAACUAUAAGGAAUAUUGGAGAGUGAAGAUCACGAUUACGAACUUCAACUACCGCAUGAAUUACACACAGUGGAAUUUGGUCGCUCAACAUCCUAACUUCAAUAAUAUCACCCAGCUGUUUAGCUUCAACUACAAGCCACUUACUCCAUAUGGAAGCAAGAUAAAUGAUACUGCGAUGUUCUGGGGAGUUAAGUUCUAUAACGAUUUGCUCAUGCAAGCUGGUCCACUUGGAAAUGCACAGUCAGAACUUCUUCUGCGUAAGGAUUCCAAGGACUUCACCUUUGACAAGGGAUGGGCCUUCCCACACCGCGUGUACUUCAAUGGUGAUAAUUGUGUCAUGCCACCUCCGGAUGCAUAUCCAUGGUUGCCUAAUGCAAGUCCUCUGACAAAACAACCAUUGACACUCUCGGUUGGUAUUUUCGAUUGUGUUGGCUACUUUGCUGGCUUAUGCAUGAUGAGUGAAACCAAGAAAUUCGGUGAGCUUCAAGUUGUCAGGUUCCAUGGUGUGCACUGCAACAGAUCAUUUGUUCAUUCAGUUCCACGGUUGCAUAGAAGAGAAGAUGUCACGCUGAGGAAAGCUGAUAUGUGUGUGUGUGUUGUAUGUUAAAAGAAGGCCAAAAUGUAUUUCUUUUUUGGUAUAUAUACUGGCCACAGCAUUUUGGUGAACUUAGUUACUGCAAACUAGAUAAUUACAGUUGCACCUUUUGUAUGUUAUAGCAACCAGAAAUUCAAUUGAAUUAUAUGACUUCCCUUCUUGUAGUACAUGUAUAGACUCCGUAAUAAUGUUCUGUAUGAUUUUGUGAACAGAAAGGAUGCUGUUGAUUGAGAUCAUUUAGUUUUGUUUCUUGUUUCA